AUGAGUCCCAGGGAAAACCCAUCAGAGCCCGGAACCCUCCGCAUCGCCAUCCUCGGCUGUGGCUUCAUAGGCACGGCCGUCCUAUCCGGCAUCCUCAAGGACAUCGACACCACCACUCAUAAUCUCAAAUUCUCACUCAGCGCCGCCUCUCAAACGACCCUCGACAGACUCCGCCACAAGUUCGCCUCCCAGAGAUAUAGAGACCACGUCGACGUCAUCACGGCCGACAAUGCAACCGCAGCCCGUGACGCCGACGUGGUCAUCCUCGCGUUCCAGCCCCAUCAACUCGCGCAGGUACUAAGCGACACUGUGCUGGUCGAGAUCCUGCGCCCAAAACUGAUCAUCUCCCUCCUGGCGGGGGUAUCCUGUCGGGAGAUCCUCGACAAGCUUUCACCGGGCGGGCUUGGUGUGAGCGAUGGGUCAAAAGCCGAGUCUGAGACCUCCUCCGCUCAAACCGGUCAACCCGCACCGCCACGCAUCGCCCGCGCAAUCCCCAGCAUCGGCGCGCAGAUCAAGGAGUCCGCGACCCUCCUGGCAGGGGACACGGAUCUGAGUGGCCCCGACCAAGGACUGGUCACAUGGCUGUUUGGUCUGGUGGGUGCCAUGCACGUGGUGCCCGAGCGGCUCCUCAACGCGGUCACGGCGAUCAGUGCGGCGACGCACGCUCUGGCGGUGGUGGCGGUGGAUGCGAUUGUCGAUGGCGGCGUCGUCUCGGGUGUGUCCCGGCCCGUGGCGAUGGCUGUGGCGACGCAAUGUUUGCGGAGCGCGUCGACGCUGGUGCGGGGCGGCGACGAGGACGGCAUGACGAUUGAAGGGUUGAAGGAGGCCAUGUCGAUUCCUAGGGGGAUUACUAUCAAUGCCCUGUUGGAACUGGAGAGGGGGAGGGUCAGGGCUGGGAUCUCGGACGCGGUGAGGUAUGCUGUUGGGUAUGCAGAGGGGAUGUAG